AUGCCGCCCCCCGGAGCCCGCAGAGCCCGAGGCCGAGGCGGAGGCGGCGGCGGCGGCGGCGGCGGCGAUGACAGGCGAGAAGAUCCGCUCCCUGCGGAGGGACCCGAAGCCCUGCGGCAAGGAGGAGGGCGACCUGCUGGAGCCGGGCGACGACGAGGCGGCGGGGGCAAGGGCGGCCGGCAGGGGCCCCGCGGCGGCGGCGGCGGCGGCGGCCACCCCCCGCACCCCGCCGCGCCGCAGCCCCGGCUGCCGCUUAAGUCGCCGCAGGCCCCGGCCGGCUCUGGCUGCUGCUCGACUUCCUCCGCCCUCCCGGGCGCCGCCGCUUCGGACCCCGGCCGGGGCCCCUCGCUCUACCCUGUGCACGAAUGCGUGUUUAAGGGCGACGUAAGGAGGCUCUCUUCUCUGAUCCGGACCCAUCACAUCGGCCAGAAGGACCUUCACGGAAACACUCCUUUACAUCUCGCUGUGAUGUUAGGAAAUAAAGAAUGUGCCCAUUUGCUUUUGGCCCACAAUGCUCCAGUAAAGGUGAAAAACGCUCAGGGAUGGAGCCCUCUGGCAGAAGCCAUCAGCUAUGGAGACAGACAGAUGAUUACAGCACUUUUAAGGAAGCUUAAGCAGCAAUCCAGGGAAAGUGUUGAAGAAAAGCGACCUCGAUUAUUAAAAGCCCUGAAAGAGCUAGGUGACUUUUAUCUAGAGCUUCACUGGGAUUUUCAAAGCUGGGUGCCUUUACUUUCCCGAAUUCUGCCUUCCGAUGCAUGUAAAAUAUACAAGCAAGGUAUCAAUAUCAGGCUUGACACGACGCUCAUAGACUUUACUGACAUGAAGUGCCAACGAGGGGACUUGAGCUUCAUUUUCAGCGGGGACGCCGCGCCCGCCGAGUCCUUCGUCGUGCUAGAUAACGAGCAGAGAGUUUACCAGCGGAUCCACCAUGAGGAAUCAGAGAUGGAAACUGAGGAAGAAGUAGACAUCUUAAUGAGCAGUGACAUUUAUUCUGCAACGUUAUCAACCAAAUCCAUCACUUUCACACGUGCCCAAACAGGAUGGCUGUUCCGGGAAGACAAGACGGAAAGAGUGGGAAACUUUCUGGCCUACUUUUACUUGGUGAAUGGACUUGUUUUAGAAUCCAGAAAAAGGAGAGAACACCUUAGUGAAGAAGAUAUUCUUCGAAAUAAGGCCAUCAUGGAGAGUUUAAGUAAAGGUGGAAACUUAAUGGAACAGAAUUUUGAGCCUAUCCGAAGACAGUCUCUGACUCCACCCCCACCCAACACAAUUACCUGGGAAGAGUAUAUAUCUGCUGAGAAUGGAAAAGCUCCUCAUCUGGGUAGAGAACUUGUUUGCAAAGAAAGUAAGAAAACGUUUAAAGCCACAAUAGCCAUGAGCCAGGAAUUUCCCUUAGGAAUUGAAUUAUUAUUGAAUGUUUUAGAAGUAAUUGCGCCCUUCAAGCACUUUAACAAGCUUAGAGAAUUUGUUCAGAUGAAGCUUCCUCCAGGCUUUCCUGUAAAGCUCGAUAUCCCCGUGUUUCCCACCAUCACAGCCACUGUGACCUUUCAGGAGUUCCGAUACGACGAGUUUGACGAGGGCAUUUUCACCAUUCCUGACGACUACAAGGAGGACCCCAGCCGCUUUCCUGACCUCUGACCCCCGGACGCACCGUGCCAUGGCUUACCCGCCACGUCCGGGAGAGGGCGGCUCCCUGGGACGCGGGGAGGGCGAUCGUCCACGGUCCUGUUGAAACGAGCACGUUUCCUGCCGCGCACCGGGUCGGUCUUUGGACAAUCCCCACGCCGUGAGCUCGGGAGCCGUUCUGAGGAGUCUGGGUGUUGGAAGCCACGGGGCCAUGCUUGGUUUUUACACCUUUUUACACUUCUCGGUGAUACAUGGAUUUAGCGUAAAAAGCAAACACUCCUGGACCAUUAACGCUUGAGAAAAUGAGAUGUCUUACUAGAGAUCAGAGCCCUUGUAGACUUGCCGUCUCCUGCCCAAGAUGGCGUCUGUCCUUCCGGCUUGGUUUUCCUCACCUGUCCAGUGUCCGUUGUGUGUAGUUCAGUCAUGUGAAUGUUGUGGAGCGCGAUGGAGUGGAAGGAACGUGGAUUUCUGUAGAUGAUCGAGCCCCAUGGUGACCAUUAAACAGUUGCAUUUUCACGUUGCAAUACAUUUCAGAACUAGCAUUCACUCUGCAGGGAAUACGGUACCUCCUCUUAGCACCUUAGUGCAACUCCUGUGUGGUGCUAUUCACGGUUUUAUCCGAAGUCUCCCGUGGAAAACGUUUCUUACUAAUCUUUCUGCCGUAGAGUCUCAUUUUCUUUUCUAAUCUGUGUUCAUGAUAAAGUAUGGGUUCGCAUGCUUACCAUCUGACGAGUUUGAGCA